UAUAAACCUUUACCUCCAACUUAAUUUUACAAACAUGGAGAUUACUCUGUUCUUCAUUGGCUUAUUCACUGUUACUUUAGCUGAAUAUAUUCAGCUAAGUCCAGAGCAGGAAAAAGAAGCUACUUUGGCUCUUGAAAAUCCUGAUUUAUAUGAUGGUGAUAUGGCUGGUAUUGAUGGACCUUUGGACAUUGAACGAAACGCUAUCGCUUCAAUUAGGUAUAGGUGGCCAAAUGCGACAAUUCCUUACGUCAUAGACUCUUCUUUACGACAUAGAACAACCUUAAUCAUGAGAGCUAUGGAUAAUUACCACAAUAACACCUGCGUUCGAUUUGUUCCAAGAACAGACGAAAGAAACUAUAUCUUUAUCUUUUUAGGGAAAGGGUGCUAUUCUUAUGUGGGUAAAUUGAACGGUCUACAGGAAUUAUCACUCGGUAACGGUUGUCACUACAUUGGUACAAUAGUCCAUGAGUUGGGGCACGCUGUUGGCUUCUACCACGAACAGAACAGAUCAGACAGAGAUGAGUACUUGAUCAUUUAUCUGGAAAAUGUUAAAGAAAGUGUUCGGCAUAACUUCAAAAAGGUCAGUCCACAAGGGAAUAUCUUGUACAAUUCAUUUGAUUACGACUCCAUCAUGAUUUACGGUAACAGAGCCUUCUCCUACAAUGGAAAGGACACGAUGGUGGCCAGAAAUGGACAGAAAUUAGUUUACUCAUUCAAAAAGCCAGGAAUGAACAAAAGUGAUAUUGAAAGAGUAAACAAAAUGUACAAAUGUAACUCUUAUUAAUAAAUGAUAAGAAUAAAA